AUGCCCCGGCGUCUGUUUCCUGCCGCAGCGCCACUGCGUUUUCUCCUUCUCGUGCUGUUGAUCUGCGGCACCAGUUGCGCUGAGGCCAACGCGAAAGAGGGGGGCACGUUGAGCAGGGUUGAUCUCUUUACCGCGGGGGUGACGGAAAUGACUGAUCCGGCGUCUCCCAGUGAUAAGCAGAAGUUUGCGUCGUUCUCUGCGCCUUCUCUGGUUUACGUGGAUGGCGUGGUUGUGGCCUUCGCCGAGGCGCAUUACACAAACGCCACGGAUAGAAAGCCGUACGUCGGUGUUGCCGCAAGGUGGAAGAAAGACGACGCAACGACGUGGGCGGAGGGGAGCGCCGUAGUGGUGGAUCAUUACGACGCGAAGGUCUACCGCCUGCUGCGCCCAACGGCAUUUGUGGAUAACGGCGAAGUGUACCUUCUCCUCGGCGGCUACGGCGAGACCGGGGCCCCCUUGACUGCGGCGGCGGCGGCGGCUGGCUAUUGGAGGCCCAGAGAGGCGAGCGGACGUAUUUCGAGUGAUGACGAUGAGAGUGAGGGGUUUGAGUGGCACUCACAAAGCACCUCUCCUAUCCCUUCUGAUCUUGAAAGCCCGACACCUUUCAAAGAGUUUCUCGGUGGCGGCGGCGCAGGAAUUCGGCUGGGGGACAACACUUUUGUGCUGCCUGUGCAGGCGUUGAAGGCCGAUGGGAAGAGGGUUUCGUUGGUUGUCCUCGCCAGAGGCACUUCCUACGGCUGGAAGUUCUCGGAGGGGACGAGU